UGAGGCCAAAUAUUUUUCUAUCCAUGGUAGGCUAGGUCAAUUUGUCGCUAACAAAAAUGUUUUUAAUUGUACAAUUCUAUUGUAAAGCUGAAACACACCAUAUAUGAUUUUUAGUGAUUGACGCAAGAAUUUGAUGCUUUUCUUUUUAGCUGUUUGUAACACAGUCAAGUAGCAUGUUUUUAACCUCCCAGCCCUACCCUCUUGAUUCCCGAUUCGGCUGUCACGCCUGUCACGUGAAAAUUUCCAUAGAAGGAAAAUAAACUUCUGUUUGGGACAGGAGACCUCUGCCCUAUUGUCGUACAGUCUUCAGUCUAAAAGAAGUGAAUGUAAACAAGAAACAGGCUCCAAUUUUUCAAGAAACUAGUUGAUUUAAUAAAAAUGGUGAAUUUCCAGAAGCUGAAAUGGAGAACACCAGAAAUAGUAGUGUUCCUAUAUGCAUAUGGCCUCUUUAUGCAUGUCCCAGUAAUCCAACAGUACGUCUACUCCAGGAUUGCAAAGUCCAAAGGCUUUCCAUAUGAUGCCCAUAAAAAGACAGGAUGUGGAAAUAUUACUAUACUGAAUGCAACAAUGCAGCAUAUAGAGCAAGAGGUGCAAUCUUUGGCAUCAUAUGUACAUCUUGGUAUUGUGAUGUUUGCUGCACUCCCUUCAGUCGUCAUGUCACUUUUAAUUGGCAGCUGGACAGAUUCUCGAGGACGUAGACCUGCCCUGUUCCUUCCUGCUCUUGGAAGCACCCUAGAGUCCAUUGUUGUCAUCUUAGUCAUGUACUUUGAGUGGCCUAUCUAUGUGUUGUUUGUUGGGGCUUCUUUAAACGGCCUCUGUGGAAGUUUCACUACAAUUAUCAUGGGUACCAUGGCCUAUAUAGCAGACACAACACAUGAGGACCAGAGAUCACUAAGACUAGCUAUUUUGGAGUUUAUGGUAUUCUUUGGUGCCAUGGUUAGUCAACUCACCAGUGGAUUGUGGAUAGAGAAAUACAGCUUCAUCAUCCCAUACUGGUUCAUCCUGUCUUGCCUUAGCUUGUCCUGCAUCCUCGUCAUUGCCAUUGUCCCUGAAUCGAGACCACCAGACGUGAUUCAAAACAAAACAGCUUUCUGCAGUUGUCGCAGCCUUCAGAAUGUUUACAAAGUCUACAUGACCCCAAGAGAGGGGGGUCGGAGGAACUUAUUUCUUCUAACUCUAAGUUCAGGAGUCACGAACCUCAUCUUACAAGGUGUAGCAGGGGUAAUUGUGCUUUUUGUCCUUCACACUCCAUUGUGCUUUUCUCCUAAGCUUGUUGGGUAUUUGUCUGCUCUUCGUUAUUUGUCCAUUGGUGUUGGUGCUGUACUUGGGAUUAAAGUUCUUGGGCGGUGGUUGUCGGUGAUAAACAUCAGUCGUGUUGGUAUGCUGUCUACCAUGGCAUCAUAUAUUCUGUUCGGAUUCUCAACCAAGAUUUUUAUCGUAUUUCUAGUUCCUUUCGCUGGCCUUUUCAUGGGAUGUGUGGUACCGAUCUUGCGUGGGAUAAUGUCAAGAAUAGUCAGCCAGGAUGAACAAGGAGCCUUAUUCUCAGCAGUGGCCUCUCUGGAAAUGUUGUGUCAUUUGUGUGGUACGUUUCUGUUCAACUCACUCUACCCUGCCUCUCUCAAGUUUCACUUUCCAGGCUUUGUGUUCUUUCUUGGGGCAAUCAUCACGUGGAUUCCAUUCAUUCUUAUCUGUUGUCUAAAAAGCCCUAAAUCGCUAUUACCAAAGCGUGACCUCGUGAGGACUGGGUACGAGAAGUUUGAUGAUGAUCACUUGGCUGAAGUUGAGGGUUCGUUGGAAUGUAGUACUGCCACGCUACCUGACAUCACCACCAACAUACGGAGCAGAGCAACCACCCCUGGAACGUACGAUACAACCCAGGCGAACGCGUGAUGACGUCACAUCCACGUGGUUUUCUGUGCUCGGAGAUGAGAGAAAGCGCAGGUUUCUUGCCAAACACAGGGAACCCGGUCAGAACUCCAGCUGAUAUUGACUUAUUUUUCAAAAGAAAGUAAAAGAAACGUAGGAACAAUUUAAGGUAGAUACUGCUACUGAUAUUGUGAUAAUAACUGGCCCGAAGCAAGAUUUUUGGCGAGAUUUUGUAAUCCCUCCUAGCCAGUUCCUGGUUACAUAGAUUAAACACUAGUAUAUAUUUAUGUAUACGUCAUAAACAUAUUCACGCAUCAUAUAACAUUUUCUACAAAACGAAGAAAUUCACCUCCAUCCAAUUGUAUCUCCCUUCUCCGUGGACAUAAUAAUCACUGCUAUACAAUUCAACAAACAUCGUUACAUUUCUCAGGAUAUACCCAUAAUAUUACCCAGAGUAUAGUUUACUUUUCAAACGAAGUUUAAUCAAAUAUACAUACAUUGUAACAAUGUAUAUAAUAACAGAGACAACAAUUCAGUCUGUAUACGGAUCAUCGUCUGUUAUUAUUAAAUUUGUGAUUUCUCACUUGAA